CCCUGCUCCAGGUUCCAGUGCCAGCCUCACCGUCUGCCCUUUGGCCGCGCGGGCUCCGCGGCUGCACCGCGGCGGGCUAGACCCGGUGGGGCUCCGGAUCCAUCUUGGCGCCGGGCACCUGUGGCGGCUGCAGGAGCAGAGCUUCCGCCGGCCUGUGCGGCCCUGUGGCGGCGACUGGGCAGCCAUGAGUUCGAGUCACCGUGAACCAGGGACCCGGGAGCCCCAGAGUCCCCGCCCACAGCCCCUGUCUCAGAGCUCUUCCAGCUUGCUGUGUGAAGGCCGGGAGCAGAGGCCAGAGCUGCGCAAGAGUGCCAGCAGCACUGUAUGGCAGGCACAACAGGGUGAGGCUGGCAUGAGUGCCCGGACCCUGGAGGAAGCGGGCUGCCAGACAGAGAGCGUAGAACAAGCACAGACCUCAAGUCCUCGGUCGCAGACUGGUGCCGCAGGCCAGUGGAGGAGCAGCACUGUUGGCAAUGUGUCUACCAUGGGCAUCGGUGACCUGUGUCGCCUGCGGGCUCCCAGUGUGGCAGCUGUACAGAGGAGCCACUCAGACUUGGUCCACAGUACCCAGACCCGGGGUCAUGGAAGUGUUCAGAAGGCCAGCCUUAGCUGUUCCGCCCUUGGUAGCUCACCUGUCCACAGGGCUCAACUGCAGCUUGGCAGUGUUGCUGGCCAAGGAGACCAGACCCAUGCUGUCCUGCAAAGUGACCCAGCUCCAGAGGAUGGAAUUUCUAAAUCAGCCUGUGUGUUGGGGGAGAGUCAGGUGUGGGUGCCAACCGUAGAACUGGAAGGUGCAACCGGUCUUAUCAGCAGUCCCCAGGGUGAACCCAAAGGUACUGGACAGCCAUCUACCACUUCCUGCCAUGCGCUGCCCCCAGCAGCUCUGCUCUGCACUGUGAGGGAGGCUGUGGCUGGUGGCUGCUGCCAUGCUCUGCCUGCCACAGGCAUCCUGGCCUUUCCCAAAUUGGUGGCAUCCGUGAGUGAGUCUGGGUUGCAAGCUCCGUGUGGGAUGAAAUUCCACUGUAAGUUGCCUGGGGGCGUUUCUGGACACCCUCACUGCUGUGUCCACCCUUGGGGUCCAUCAGGGCUAGCCACAGAAUCUGGCUCUAGGACCAAAGAUGUGUGGACCAUGACCUCAGCCACUGAUUUGGCCCUGGGUGUGACAUCAGCCCAGGAUGCUGGGGUUCAGGUGGCUCCAGUGGCAGCCUGCAAGGCUGUGGCUACCAGCCCGUCCCUGGAAGCACCUGAGACUCUGAACAUAUUCCCAGAGGUAAUGCUGGGAUCCAGCCUGGAGGAGGCGUCAUCGCCUGUGAGGGAUGUGCGAUGGGAUGCCGAGGGCAUGACAUGGGAGGUGUACGGAGCCUCGGUGGACCCUGAGGUGCUCGGCAUCGCCAUCCAGAAGCACCUGGAGAUGCAGUUUGAGCAGCUGCAGCAGGCACCAGCCAGCGAGGACAGCCUGUCGACAGAGGGCCGCAGGGGCCCUCUGCAGGCUGUCAUGCAGUCGCUGCGUCGGCCGAGCUGCUGUGGCUGUUCUGGAGCUGCUCCAGAGUGAAGAGCUGUGUGACCCUGAA